UGUCAAUGGUGUACAGCAUCACUGUUCCUCAAAAUACGUACACGGAAGUUUGUACAACAACCAGUCAUGAGGUUGUUGGUGAUUGUAUUUUCGUUAUUAAGCUGCGUCGCUGCGCAAGAAUGCAACCCUCGUCAGUUUGAAUACGACAGUGUGGUCUGCGUCUGCGACGCGACCCACUGUGACCAACCAGGUAUUAUUGACUACCCUGAAGAAGGGAGCUUCACCGUCGUCACCUCCAGCAGAGAUGGACUCAGGUUCAACGUGGAAACUUUCCCUGUCUCCAGUGAAAGGAAUCCCGAUGCUGCUGAUGUGGUAUUGAACAGAGAAGAUAUGUACCAGACUAUGCUAGGCUUCGGUGGAGCCUUUAGUGACUCAACAGGUCUCAAUGUGGUUUCUCUCUCUAGCGAGGUUCAGGAACACUUUCUCAGAUCCUACUUCGCCCCUGAAGGAAUCGGAUACACCUUCGGUCGCGUCCCUAUCGCUGGUGCUGACUGCUCCACCAGGACCUACUCCUACGAUGACGUGGAGGGAGACGUCGACCUUGUAUACUGGAACCUGACUUAUGAGGAUUACGAUUAUAAGAUUCCUCUGAUUCUGAGAGCCAAGGAACUGGCACCAUACCCGUUAAAGUUGUUUGGCACUCCGUGGGCGCCUCCAGCGUGGAUGAAGACUAACGGCAUGUUCAACGGGUCGGGAAUACUGCUCGAAGAGAUGUACCAACCCUAUGCUAACUACAUCCUUAAGUUUGUGGAGGCGUAUGAAGCUGAAGGAGCCGAGAUGUGGGGACUCACGCCAGCAAAUGAACCACUCGGCGGCUUCAUUGAUUGGGGAAUUAACACAUGUGGAUGGUCGUCUGAAGCAAUGAGGGACUGGAUCAAGGGUAACCUGGGACCCACACUGGAGGCUGCUGGCUACCGUUACCUCAAAAUGAUGAUACAUGACUUCAACAGAGACUCGUUGCCUUGGUACAUCGAGCCGAUUCUGGAGGACCCUGACGCUGCUCAGUACAUCGACGGUACAGCUGUCCACUGGUACGAGGACAGAAAUACGGACCCGGAAGUUCUGGAUGAGAUCCAGUUUGAAUAUCAGGACAUGUUCCUCCUCUACACAGAAGCUUGUCAAGGAGCUGACGUGUCUGGGUCAGCAGAAAGUGUGAAACUUGGAUCCUGGCAGCGAGCUGAGGAUUAUGUCUACGACAUGAUGGAGACUAUAAACCACUUCUCGACGGGCUGGGUGGACUGGAACAUGGCGCUGGACACUCUGGGAGGACCCAAUUGGUAUAACAACUUCCUCGACUCUCCCGUCAUCGUCAACACGGAAGAGAACGAGUUUUACAAGCAGCCAAUGUUCUAUGCUAUUGGUCAUUUGAGCAAGUUUGUGGCUCCUGGUUCUAAUCGUAUGGCUUCGUUAACUACGGCGACUGAUCUGCAGGUGGUCGCCUUCAAUGUGGAGUCAGGCCGCGCCCUCGCUGUUAUCCUCAACAUGGCUGAAGAGGAAAGGAAUGUGACAGUGAGAGAUGGAUCUGAGUUUUAUCUCAACUUCGCGAUACCUGCUAAAGCCAUCCAAACAAUCCUGUACUAGCACCUUCACCACCGAACCUGACCAAGAUCUCUCAGCGAAUUAAUCUAACGGAUGAUUAUAUAUAUAUAUAUAUAUAUAUAUAUA